AUGAAGAUUGUUGCUUGCAUCGUGACUAUUCUGCUCACUUACAACUUCACACCUGCCUGUGGAGAAGUGCUCAAAGAGGAAGUUGAGUCAGCCCGUACCAAAAGAUGUAUCGGUAUGGUGUGUUUUGUCAUUGGAGGCACCUCAAGUAGUGGAGCCGCCUAUAGCAGUGGCUACACUGCAGCUGCUCCGGCUGCGGCGGCGACUUACGCUGCACCAGCGGCAGCUACAUCUUAUGUUGCUCCUGCUGUUUCUACAAGCUACAGUUACGCAGCUCCAGCUGCUGCAUCUUACGCUGCUCCUGCAGUGAGUACAAGCUAUGCUGCUCCAUCAGUCUCUUAUGCUGCUCCCGCCGUUUCCGUGUCGUACUCCGCUCCGGCUGUGUCUUAUGCAGCCCCUACAGCGACGUCUUAUGCUGCUCCUGCCAUUUCGACCAGUUACGCCGCACCAGCCGUGUCUUAUGCAGCUCCUGCGGCUACUUCUUAUGCUGCUCCUGCGGUCUCAACUAGCUAUGCUGCACCAGCCACCACCAGCUACACCGCCCCCGCUGUGUCUGUUAGCUAUGUAGCCGCUCCAGCCGCCACCAGCUCUGUAUCUUACAGCACCUCGUCUGCACAGUGCUGUUGCGUGUCGUGCUGCAUAAUCAGCUACGUCUGCUGCUGCUAA